UGGAGUCUCGCUCUGUUACCCAGGCCAGAGUGCAAUGGCGUGAUCUCAGCUCAUUUGUAAUUUCCGCCUCCUGGGUAAAAGCAAUUCUCCUGCUUCAGCCUCCUGAGUAGCUGGGGUUACAGGCACACACCACCACACCCGGCUAACUUUGUAUUUUUAGUAGAGAUGGAGUUUCACCAUGUUGGAUAGGCUGGUCUCGAACUCCUGACCUCGUGAUCCACCCACCUCAGCCUCUCAAAGUGCUGGGAUUACAGGCAUGAGCCACUGCACCUGGCCUAGAUACCUAUUUUAUAAGUUAUACCAAAUGCCAGCCUUUUGUAUGAUGUAGAAUUAAUACUUUCUCAAAAGCUGUAAUUUCAAAUAAUUUCACUUUCUUCAGUAAGAUAAUUCACUAACUGUGUAUAACUAAAUCUAUAUAUUUAAUUUUUUUAUCACAAAUUAGAAAAGAUUAUUUUCCAAUCACAUCUGGAAAAUAUAAUAAAGCUUCAUUCUGUAGCACAAAAUAAACGCUCAACAAGUAUUUGUCAAAUGUUCUUAUGUUCUUUUUUUUUUUUUUUUUUUUUGAGACGGAGUCUCACCUUGUUGCCCAGGCUGGAGUGCAGUGGCGUGAUCUCGGCUCACUGCAAGCUCCGCCUCCCGGGUUCAUGCCAUUCUCCUGCCUCAGCCUCCCAAGUAGCUGGGAUUACAGGCACCCGCCACCACGCCUGGCUAAUUUUUUGUAUUUUUAGUAGAGACGGGGUUUCACCGUGGUCUCGAUCUCCUGACCUCGUGAUCCGCCCACCUCGGCCUCCCAAAGUGCUGGGAUUACAAGCAUGAGCCACCGCGCCUGGCUGUCAAAUGUUCUUAGGCUCCAUAUAGCUGGAACUGACUGGAUAUGAGUAGCUUUAUGCUUUUCACCGAACUCUGAACUAAUGAGGGCAGGAUGUGAGCUAAUGACAAUUCUAGAUUGUUAAGUCCACUCCAUGAUCCAGAUAAUAGUAAUUUUAAAACUGGCUUCACCCAGGUGAGCAGAAUAUAGACCUGUUAUAUCAAAGAGGAUUUCUUCUCAUUUUCUGCUGGAGGUACCAGAGAGUACCCAGACUGAAAUGUUUCUAGUGAAAUAAUAAUAGCUACUCUUUAAUGAAUGUUUGCUAAGUGUCAGGUAUUGGUGUAGGCAUACAUUGUAUCAUUUUAUCUUUAAAAUAACCCUGUGAGGUAGAUAUUAUCUCCAUUCUGUGGGUAUGUAACAGUCACAAGGUCUUUCAGCUGGUAAAAUCUGUCUAACUGCAGAUCCUGAGUUUUAAUCACCUGACUGCCUCUGGAUUAAAGAAGCCUGGGUUAGGCCUAAGAGUAGGAAUUGGAAAGGCUGUUUUCUGCCUUUGGAUUUUCAUGCAAUUAUGUCGAUAGGAGAAAGAGGAGGAGACAGGGUUUUUAGACGAUUUUUAUCUCUGAUAUGGCAUCAACUCAACAACAAAGAAUGACGGCCUCAUUUACUCUUCUGAAUGCUGAUUAAUUUUGGGUCAGAAUUGAGCUCCAAUAGAACAAGAGUGGGUUUCACUAAAACAUGUUGCUUGUCAGUUACUGAACAACUGCUGAGCACAGUACCUUUGUAAUAUAAAAGCAGUCUAUUUGUGUUUACAAAGAGUUUAAACAUGAGUUGGGGUUUAAAUAUUAUUGGUAUACAGAAUAGUAUGCCAGUAAAUGUAAAUUAAGGUAUCCACUGGCAUUGGCCCUUGAAUGGAAUUAUUUUUUUUUUUUUUUACCACCGGUGUAAAAGAGAAUGCGUUACAGAUGUGGCUAAUUUUAUGCUCUGAAUAAAUAUUACCCUAUGGCUCAGGAACUUUGGUGAUAAGGUAAAAAGUUUUCAUAGAGGGAGAUAAAGUUUCUUAUUCUCAGUCCCUCCUUUAGAGAUAAUAUAUUCUAGAUUCAAAUGCAGCUCAAGAAAAUAGGUCAACGGCACUCCAUUUUACACCUCCCAGUCGUAUUUUCAUUAUGGGACUCCUUAAGAUGCUAAGGGCUAAAACUGGUUUUGACUUAUCCUGAAAGUGGCAAUAUAGAGCUUUUCCUAGUGCUGAUGUUCAUAAAAAUCUCUGGUUGUGGGGGCGAGUGAGAUCCUUCUUGAAGAACCAAGGAAUAGUUCCUCAAUUUUCAAAGAUUCAAAAGUUAGAAAUUAAUUAUAAUCAAUCAAUGAUAACAUCUUAGAAUCUUAGAUAUAGGAAAAAAAACCUUAGAAAUCAUCUCAUAUAACCUCUUUUUAUUUUUUAUUCUUUUUUUUUUUUCUUUUUGAGACGGAUUCUCACACUGUCACCUGGGCUGGAGUGCAGUGGCACGAUCUCGGCUCACUGCAACCUCCGCCUCCAGGGUUCAAGCGAUUCUCCUGCCUCAGCCUCCCAAGUAGCUGGGAUUACAGGCGCCCACCACCAUGCCCAGAUAAUUUUUUUUUGUAUUUUUAGUAGAGACAGGGUUUCACUAUGUUGACCAGGCCGGUCUCCAACUCCUGACCUUGUGAUCCUCCUGCCUCAGCCUCCCAAAGUGCUGGGAUUACAGGCGUGAGCCACCACGCCCAGCUUUUUUAUUCUUUUUAAAAAUUUAAAUCCUUGGGACUCUGCUUGAUAUAACCUCUUCUUUUAGAUGAUGAAACCAAGACCCAAUAGAUUUAUUGCCAAACCCUGCGCACUCCAUAUUGGCAUCGAGGACAGUGGUCCUUAUCAGGCCCAACCCAAUGCCAUCCUUGAAAAGGUGUUCAUAUCUAUUACCAAGUAUCCUGAGAAGAAAAGGCUGGAGGGCCUGUCAAAGCAGCUGGAUUGGAAUGUCCGAAAAAUCCAAUGUUGGUUUCGCCAUCGGAGGAAUCAGGACAAGCCCCCAACGCUUACUAAAUUCUGUGAAAGCAUGUGGAGAUUCACAUUUUAUUUAUGUAUAUUCUGCUAUGGAAUUAGAUUUCUCUGGUCGUCACCUUGGUUCUGGGACAUCCAACAGUGCUGGCAUAACUAUCCAUUUCAGCCUCUUUCAAGUGGGCUUUAUUACUAUUAUAUCAUGGAAUUGGCCUUCUAUUGGUCCCUUAUGUUUUCUCAGUUUACAGACAUUAAAAGAAAGGACUUCCUGAUUAUGUUUGUGCAUCACUUGGUCACCAUUGGGCUUAUCUCCUUCUCCUACAUCAACAAUAUGGUUCGAGUGGGAACUCUGAUCAUGUGUCUACAUGAUGUCUCAGACUUCUUGCUGGAGGCAGCCAAACUGGCCAAUUAUGCCAAGUAUCAGCGGCUCUGUGACACCCUUUUUGUGAUCUUCAGUGCUGUUUUUAUGGUUACACGACUAGGAAUCUAUCCAUUCUGGAUUCUGAACACGACCCUCUUUGAGAGCUGGGAGAUAAUCGGGCCUUAUGCUUCAUGGUGGCUCCUCAAUGGCCUGCUGCUGACCCUACAGGUUCUGCAUGUCAUCUGGUCCUACCUAAUUGCACGGAUUGCUUUGAAAGCCUUGAUCAGGGGAAAGGUAUCUAAGGAUGAUCGCAGUGAUGUGGAGAGCAGCUCGGAGGAAGAAGAUGUGACCACCUGCACAAAAAGUCCCUGUGACAGUAGCUCCAGCAAUGGUGCCAAUCGGGUGAAUGGUCACAUGGGAGGCAGCUACUGGGCUGAAGAGUAAGGUGGUUGCUAUGGGGACUUCAGCACACAUGGACUUGUAGGGCCACUGGCAACAUACUCCUCUUGGCCCUUCCCAUAUCUACUCUUCUGUGACAGGGAGACUGCAAGGCACUGAGGAGUAUCAAAGAAGCAAAUAUUUUCACUUUGAAAGAAAACUGCCGUUUUGUAUUUAAUAGCCUCUAGGUUCUUUCAGUAAUGUUAUUUGCUCUGUGUGUUUUUGUGUGUUUGUUGAUGUGCGUUUGUGCAUAUGCGUGAGUUUCAUUGCUGGGGUUGGCGCACAAUUCUGGACUGGGGCCAUGAGGCCUUCCCUGGUCCCCAUUGAACCCACCUUAGUUCCACAUUUGGCUGCAUCUUGAAUUAUGUCGAGACUCCGGACUGUCUCCUCCUUUUUUGCCCUUGGCUCUUGAGGCUCUAAAACCCUGGACCAUCUGAAUGGAGCAGCCAAGUUCAGUCCCAGAUUUCUGCACUGUUCCUCUUUCACAGCUGGAAUAUGUCGCAUGAUGAAGUUGUAUAGAAGCAGAACCAUGGAUGGACGGCCAGGAUUGCCGUGGUCCCUAGCUAGAUCCCUUUCCUAUCAAUCAAUCACCUGAUAGCAACAGGGACAGCUGCCAAUACCCUGCUCUUUAUUCAAUGGUACCCAAGGAGGGAGCAUGGGAAGAGGGUGAGCUGAGGGCUGGAGGAGGGCAACAGCCACUGGGUGAGCUGUUCACAGUCUUUUAUACUAUUGUUUGUGAUUAAAAGUGCUUCAACCCA